CGAUAUGCGCCAUAAGUUGCGCCCAUACAUGCACACAGCGGCCAUUUAAACUGAUGGAACCAGUUUACCCGGGUCAACGUCGAGUCCAGGCCUGGUAAUUAAAACGACGGAAGCGUUUAUGGAGUCUUGAUUGCACCGUGGGUUCGCGGCUUCACUCUUUAGCCGUUUGCGUGGCUCAUAGAGAAAAACCAUACGCAGAUUUCCAUUGGAAGUCUUUACAUUCAAAGUAACGCGCUUAUCGGCGGCAGUUUCCACUUAAUAAAACACGAAGUGGGCUGUAGAGGAAUUGGAAGGACUUGUCUUACGUUCAGCGUACAGGUGUAACACUACACUGCUGUGAGGUUAAGAAAACCUGAGGCUCGGUAUGUCGGAUGAAGAUUCCCGUGCCAGCACCAGCUCUUCCUCCUCUUCAUCCUCAACUCAUCAGCUGCAGCAGCAGGAGGCCAACCCCCCAAAGAAACGAGAAAGCAAAGCCAGCAUGAGCAAGACCUCUAAACUCCUCUCUACUAGUGCUAAGAGAAUACAGAAAGAAUUGGCUGACAUUACACUGGACCCACCACCAAACUGCAGCGCUGGUCCCAAAGGAGACAACAUCUAUGAGUGGAGGUCGACCAUCCUUGGCCCUCCGGGCUCUGUGUACGAGGGAGGAGUGUUUUUCCUGGACAUCGCCUUCACACCAGACUACCCCUUCAAACCACCCAAGGUGACGUUCCGUACGAGGAUCUACCACUGUAACAUCAACAGCCAGGGGGUGAUCUGUCUGGACAUCCUGAAGGACAACUGGAGUCCUGCCCUCACCAUCUCCAAGGUCCUGCUGUCUAUCUGCUCCCUGCUCACGGACUGCAACCCUGCCGACCCUCUGGUGGGAAGCAUCGCCACACAGUACACCACAAACAGACCCGAACACGACAGGAUAGCCAAACAAUGGACCAAGCGCUACGCCACAUAAUCAACGGAUGUUGGCAGGACAAUGCACAGAUGUGGGGGUGGGUGGAGACAGGUGGAUUUUUAUCUCAGACUUGAAGUCUUAACUCCUGACUGUUUAUUGUAUUUUUUAAGUUAUAUCUGGCCCACAUGUAAUCAAAUCUGGCAAUAAUGCAUUUAGUGUUUCCUUUUCUUUUUUUUUAGCUUGUGCUUGAAGAUGGACAUUGAUCCUUAACUGCUAGAUGAAAUGUGUCACAGCAUGAUUCCUAGUCAAUUAGGUCGGUGUAAAUUUCACAUGCAUAAAAACUCCAGUUGCUGUUUGCUUCCCCCUCCAACCCCCUGGUCUUUGAAAGGGUGAUUUACACAUGUAGACAAGUUUAGAUGUGGAUGGAUAUCGGUUGUGAUUCGUGUUCUGUACUGAUGAAAAGCUGUUUGUUUUUCCCUUAAAAAAUUAAACAUGCCCAACUGAA